AUGCAAUCAUUGUAUAAAACUGUACAAAAAGGCUGGCCAGUGAAAAGGGCACAAGUAUCUCAAGACGUAGUCGAAUAUUGGAAUUAUCGAGAUGAGAUAACGGUCUGUGAGAAUUUACUUCUCAAAGGAGAGCGUAUAAUAAUUCCAACAAAACUGAGAUCGAAUAUAUUGAAGAGAGUUCAUAUUGCUCAUUUUGGAAUCGAAAAGUCAAAAUCAAGAGCAAGAGAUUCCGUCUUUUGGCCAAAUAUCAAAGCUGAUAUAGUAGAUUAUAUUUCCAAGUGUAAAACAUGCUUGAAACAUAGAAGAAGUAAUCAAAAAGAACCUUUGAUUUCACAUGAGAUUCCAAACAUACCUUGGUCUACAGUUGCCUCAGAUAUAUUUUACUACAAAGGAAAAGAUUAUCUGUUGGUUGUUGACUACUUUUCAAAAUAUCCAGAAAUUGCGAGAUUGCAGAAUAAGACGAGUUAUUCUGUAAUAUCAGCUAUGAAAGAAAUAAUUGCUCGCCAUGGCAUACCUGAAAAAAUUGUAGCUGACAAUAUGCCAUUUAACAGUUUAAAUUUUUUGAAAUUCUGCAGAGAUUGGGAAAUACAAAUUGUAACUUCAAGUCCAAAUUAUCCAAGAAGCAAUGAAGCAAGUCUUUCUGAGAGAUUUGUACAGUCUAUCAAGAAUUUGCUAAAAAAGGCUGAUGAUUCUAAUAGAGAUAUUCAUCUGUCGUUACUUGAAUUUCGUAAUACUCCAAUUUCUGAUAUGUCAUAUUCACCGUCUGAAUUACUAAUGAGCAGGAAGCUAAGGUCGAAAAUACCUGUUUCAAAGAAAUUUUUAAAUCCAAAAGUUGCAAAGAAUGUUCACUCUCAUUUGCAUCAAAGAGAAAUUUCAUGA